AUGAAAGAUUACCGCCCGAUCUCUUGCUGUAAUGUGCUCUAUAAGCUCAUUUCCAAGAUUUUGGCGAAUCGGCUCAAGGCCUUUUUGCCGGAUUUUAUUGCCCCAAAUCAAUCAGCGUUCAUCAAGGAUCGACUUUUAAUGGAAAAUCUGCUUCUUGCCACAGAGCUUGUUAAGGAGUAUCAUAAAGAGACGAUAUCCUCACGUUGUGCCUUGAAAAUUGACAUACCCAAGGCCUUUGACUCUGUUCAAUGGCCUUUCUUGCUGAAUAUUCUCAAGGCUCUGAACAUCCCGGACAAAUUCAUUCACUGGAUCACCCUAUGUAUCACCACAACAUCUUUUUCAGUUCAAAUCAAUGGGGAAUUAGCUGGUUAUUUCCAGAGCAAGAGGGGAUUACGUCAAGGUUGCUCUCUAUCCCCUUACCUUUUUGUGAUGUGUAUGAAUGUUUUGUCUGCUCUCCUUGAUCGUGCUGCGGCUUCGCGGCUUUUAGGCUAUCAUCCUCGUUGUUCCUCUAUGCAACUCACCCACCUUUGUUUUGCUGAUGAUAUUAUGGUGUUCUCUGACGGUAAGCAAUCAUCUUUAGAGGGUCUUCUAGCGGUCUUUAAAGAGUUUGAAGCCAUAUCUGGUCUGAGUAUUAGUCUUGAGAAGUCCACCAUUUAUCUGGCAGGCGUUUCUAGCUCCAUGCGUGACACUCUUCUAGCUCACUUCCCGUUUGAAAGCGCAUCUCUCCCAGUGCGUUACUUAGGCUUGCCCUUACUCACUCGGAUGAUGACGCCAGCGGACUGCACUCCUCUGAUUGAAAAGAUACGGCAACGCAUCAGCUCCUGGAAGCACCGCUUCUUGUCGUUUGCAGGGAGGCUGCAACUUCUCAGCUCUUCUGGCCAAGAGCUAUCGAGUAAGAAGAAUAAGUUGGCUUGGUCUGAUGUUUGCUUGCCAAAGGUUGAAGGUGGUUUAGGCUUGAGGUCACUAGCUGAAGCGAAUAAAGUUAGCUGUUUUAAGUUAAUAUGGCGCUUAGUUUCUGGCUCAUCAUCUCUUUGGAUAAAUUGGGUUCAACGGGAACUUCUGCUCUCUGCUUCUUUUUGGUCAGACCCUGACACAACAAGCAUGGGUUCUUGGAUGUGGAGGAAACUCCUUAAGUAUCGGUCACAGGCUAAAAGUUUUCACAUGAUGGAGGUCUGUAGUGGAUUGCAAACUUCGUUUUGGUUUGAUCAUUGGUGCCCUCUUGGGCGGUUAUUUGAUCUUCUUGGCUCAAGAGGCUUUAUCGCGAUGGGUAUCCCUUCCUCAGCUACUGUUGGUUUGGUGGUUUCUACUCACCGUCACCGUCGCCAUCAUUUGGACCUUUUGAACAAGGUCGAACUCGAGAUAACCAAUCUUAGAGAUAGAGGACUAUCUCAAGGAAAGGAUGUCUCCCUCUGGCGCCAAUCUAACUUGCAGUACAAGCCUCGAUUUUCCUCCUCCGACACUUGGCAGCAACUACGUCACCCUCGGCAAACAGUGAACUGGUAUCGGGGUAUUUGGUUCUCUGGUUCUAUUCCGAAGCACUCAUUCAUACUUUGGUUAGCUGCAAAAAAUCGAUUAAUGACGGGUGACCGUCUGGCGACUUGGAACAGAGGGGUUGAUACAGCUUGCGUUUUUUGUCAGGCGCCCAUGGAGACGCUAGAGCACCUCUUCUUUACCUGCUCCUACACUUCAUGGGUUUGGGCUGAUUUAUCUCGUAAGCUGUCAGAAAGUCACCACUCGGCUAGUUUCUCACAGCUUCUUACCCUGUUAUCGUCAACUACAAUUACUGGGCCAGCUCUCUUCAUUCUACGUCUUGUUUUCCAAGGAACUCUCCACACAGUUUGGCUGGAGCGAAAUCGGCGUCGUCAUGGAGAACAUCCGACUUCUUCUGAUCACAUGGUUCAGUUCCUCGACCGACUUAUGCGUAACAAGCUCCUCUCCAUCCAGCGGCUCUCUUCCCCCAAGCAUGCUAAUGCUCUGCAUGUUUGGCUGGCUACUAGAUUCUAA